GUCGGCUCGGGCAAGACACCUACGAGCCAGCUGCAAAAGGCCAAACUCUUCCAUGUGCUGACUGCAGAUUUUAGGUAAAGCCUUGAGAAGAUCUUGAGGCCAAAAGGGGAUGUGAGGAGACUCGGACCCCAUACCUUAGGCAGAGAGAACAGCCCUCUUCUAGGAUAGCAGGUCCCCUAGAGUAGUGGCCCUAAGGGGGCAGAUAUUCUCUCAGCUACCCCAGGAAUGUGGUCGUGAGGGAGAACCCACAGCUUUCAGAAGAAGAGUAUAGUCCUGGACCAUGGCCCAGGUCAGCAUCAACAGCGACUACAGCGAGUGGGGCUCCAGCACUGAUGCUGGGGAGCGGGCCCGUUUGCUGCAAAGCCCCUGUGUGGACAUGGCCCCCAAGAGUGAGGGGGAGGCAUCUCCCGGGGAGCCAGACAGAGGCACCACUUCGACGCUUGGGGCUGUCUUCAUCGUUGUCAAUGCCUGCCUGGGUGCAGGACUGCUCAACUUCCCAGCAGCCUUCAGCACGGCCGGGGGCGUGGCAGCUGGCAUCGCCCUGCAGAUGGGCAUGCUGGUUUUCAUCAUCAGUGGGCUCGUCAUUCUGGCCUACUGCUCCCAGGCCAGCAAUGAGAGGACCUACCAGGAGGUGGUGUGGGCCGUGUGCGGCAAGCUGACAGGCGUGCUGUGUGAGGUGGCCAUCGCCGUCUACACCUUCGGCACCUGCAUCGCCUUCCUCAUCAUCAUUGGGGACCAGCAGGACAAGAUUAUAGCUGUGAUGGCGAAGGAGCCUGAAGGGGCCAGCGGCGGCCCCUGGUACACAGACCGCAAGUUCACCAUCAGCCUCACGGCCUUCCUCUUCAUCCUGCCCCUGUCUAUCCCCAGGGAGAUCGGCUUCCAGAAAUAUGCCAGUUUCCUGAGUGUUGUGGGCACCUGGUACGUCACCGCCAUUAUAAUCAUCAAAUACAUCUGGCCAGAUAAAGAGAUGCGUCCAGAGGACAUCCUGACCAGACCAGCUUCCUGGAUGGCUGUGUUCAAUGCUAUGCCCACCAUCUGCUUUGGAUUUCAGUGCCACGUGAGCAGUGUACCCGUCUUCAACAGCAUGCGGCAGCCGGAAAUAAAGACCUGGGGUGGAGUGGUGACAGCUGCCAUGGUCAUAGCCCUGGCUGUCUACAUGGGCACAGGCAUCUGUGGCUUCCUGACUUUCGGAGCUGCUGUGGAUCCUGACGUGCUCCGGUCCUACCCCUCGGAGGACGUGGCUGUGGCCGUGGCCCGAGCCUUCAUCAUCCUUAGCGUGCUCACUUCCUACCCCAUCCUCCACUUCUGUGGGCGGGCUGUGGUGGAAGGCCUAUGGCUGCGCUACAAGGGGAUGCCGGUGGAGGAGGACGUGGGGCGGGAGCGGCGGCGCCGUGUCCUGCAGACGCUGGUGUGGUUCCUGCUCACGCUGCUGCUAGCACUCUUUAUCCCUGACAUCGGCAAGGUCAUCUCGGUCAUCGGAGGCCUGGCAGCCUGCUUCAUCUUUGUCUUCCCAGGGCUGUGCCUCAUUCAAGCCAAACUGUCAGAGAUGGAGGAGGUCAAACCAGCCAGCUGGUGGGCACUGGUCAGUUAUGGAGUCCUUCUGGUCACCUUGGGAGCCUUCAUCUUUGGCCAAACCACAGCCAAUGCCAUCUUUGUGGACCUCUUGGCAUAAACACUGCCUCCCAGAAAACGUGACCAAGAGCCAUCUCUCAGAGCUGUGGAGCUACCCCAAGUCCCACAUCCUGUUCCAGCUGGUGACAUCCGGACACAGUUUUCCAGGGACAGUCGUGGGAUAGAAUUGGCCUCGAAUCUGUGGGCAGCUCCCACCCAGCUGCCUUCCUGCUCCCCAGUCUUGGCCUUGUCAUGGAUGGUGACAGGAGGUCCCACAUCACAGGAGAUUCCCCUUCACCCAGGUCUCAACGUCAAGCCUUUGGGACCUGUGAAUGGAGAGGGUCAGUGAGUCUCAGAAGAAGAGUCCAUUCUGACUUCCCUCUGGAAAAAAACAAAAACAAAACAAAACCAUGUGCGUAGAGCUUGUAUCCUCCACAGAGCUUGUCAGGACUGUGCCCAGUACCUUGGGGUUUAGUGCCUGCCCAUGUCCCUCAGAAGCCAGUGAUGGCUUCUCCUGGGACCUGGCAACUUCCAAAGGAGACGCUGAUAGCAUAUAAAUGUCCAUUCCUCUGUGGGCCCCCUGUGAGCCUCUGGUAGCCUCCCAAGUCUUUAGGGUCCCUGCCCUGACUUUGUCCAAACCUAAUGGUCCAGAUUGGGUAUCCUUCUCCUGUGUCCCCAGACAUCACUAAGUCUAAUGUUUACAAAUGGUGCCAGCCUGGCUCCAGGCUAGGAGCUGCCAUUGCCACGGUGCUGUGGGCACUCUUCCGUUAACUUUCCACGUGGACAGAGGGACUGUGGUUUUUCAGAGGCUCAGGGUGGGUCACAGGAGAGGCUUGGGACUUUUGGACCUUCCUUCCAGGCUGGGCUGCCCAAGGUCUGGAAGCGGCAGCACCAAUACUUCACUCUCCCAGACUUGUCCUCUUCCUACCCAGCUAAACCCGGCCCGGGGAACCCACAAGGAAGUUAGCCUGGAGACUCUGGGCAUUUCCUUUACUAUCUCCACCCUGCUGUUCCUUCCAUUCCCACACACACCCCCUCACCCGAUACCCUGUCUCUUCUCUUUCAUUUAUGGGUGGGUUUUGUUAUUUGGCAGGGGAGGGGAUGGCAACAAACCCUGUCACAUCAGCUUGCCCAGCUGCACACAUCUGUCAUGCCUGGCCUCAGUGCCCGGGAAUCCCUCUGAGUCAUACCUACCCCAAAUGAGGCCAUGCCGGAUACUUUGUAUUUUCACUACCUUACCCUCUCAGCUACCCCUGCUCACUUUUGUAAGUCCCAGGUACAGAACUGGUCUCUCUCCUCAUACUUUUCUCCAUCUAUUCUGCCUAAAACAACUAUCCUAGAUGUGAGUGGAGGGCUUCCCAGCAGCCCCUCUUCUCAAGUCAGUCCAGCUGAGGUGGCAGAGGCUUGGCAUCCAGACUAGCUGAAUUGCUGCUGUUUCUCCUCCAUUCCUGGCACCCAUCCCCUCUGGUCCCACUAUGCUCGUUUCCCUCAGCCUCCAAGUGCUGCCUCUCAGGGGCGGCCAGGCAUAAAGCUGGGGGCAUGGCAUAGACACAGGCCAGCGGAGACCGUUGACCAGAACCCAGCUUCAGCUUGAUCUCAGGACCCCGCCGCGUCCUGUCCCUUGUCCUCAGCCAGUGUCUUGCUGGUUCUUUUCUACUUGAGCACACUUGGAGAAGUGGAGGUGGCUAAUAAAGGAGCUCGCACUGCUGAA